CUCCACAAGUCCGUACCGGCCCUCCCAUGCUGCCGUCGCAACUCUCUCCGUCUGAUCAUUAAUUGGUCGCUGUGAUCUUUGUCAUGGUCGCUGCUACCUCCAUAGACAAUGCCGCUGCCUCUUCUUCAGCAUCUGCGUCAAGUGUCAACAUCGACACUCGGUUCACCAAGAUCCUCCAGCAGCUCCUCCGCAACCCCUACCCGGGCUGCAUCUUCGUGCAAGCCACCUCAGCAUCAGAUCAAGUCACCGCACUAGACCAGGUCAGGUCUCUGACGUCGGCAUCGAGGGAGAGCUAUGUGGUAGUGGAAUGUCAUCCGAAUUUGCUCGGCUCAAGGGUCGUCGAUCUGCGGCGAGACAUCGAAGCCGCCUUUGAGGCUGCGAGACCACUUCAGGAACAGACAGCGGCUCAAGCGACAGGUUCCACAACAGUGUCGAAGAAGGCUUCGACCUCUUCGAGUAUUUCGAUCUUUCCAGAAAGGUACCACAGCGAGAUAGAGUCCGUCCGUCGCCUGCUGGUCAUUCCCUCUGCACACCUGCUACGCUCUACCCACGCACCUCUGCUAUGGUCUCAAUUCCUCCACCCGCCGGAGGGCUACACUGUCCUUUUGCUCUCCAGUCUCCCCUUGGAGAGAUGGCGUACAGCCGAUGCACUCGAAGAAGUCAGUGGUACUCGUCCCAUUGUCAAGCUCACUUUCCGGGGUGUGGAUCUAGUCGAUUCAGACUCGCGGGACACUCAGAAAGCUUUGAUCACAGACGCCCUGCUCGUCUCGCUGCCGCUGCUGAAGGGAGCAGAAGCCUCAGCAGCGGUGGAACGCUUCAAGCCUCUGUUUGUCGAGUAUACCUUCUCCUCUCUAUCGUCGGAGGUCGGACCACAGGACAUUGAAGAGCUACGCUUCUUGUCGGGAGCAAUUUGGCUUGCCCAAUAUAGAAUUCUCCAAGCAGAAGCUGAUGAGAACCAGGCUGACGUCGAGAUAAGAUACAAGGAUCGACAUGCGCUGCUAUCCUUGUUGGGUCCUCUCGUCAGGGGAGCUCUGAGAGACUUGUCGCCCAGACGAGUCGGUCUCUCCCAAUGGAUCGACAGAAUCGUCGAGCGUCACGCUGUCCAAAGCGUCGGUCAGGACGGUCUCACGAAGGCGAAGAAGAAGUCUACUACCGCUACUGAGGCCACUUCACCUCUAGCGCCCCUCGCCUCCCUUCUCCUCAUCUCAGCCUUCCUCGCCUCGCACCUACCCCCUCGAACCGACACCCGCUUCUUCCUGCGCGACUCGUCUCUUCUUUCCUCUCUCGCCCGCUCCUCUAAAAAGGUCCGUCGCUCAAGAAAGAAACAACGCGGAGGCGCAGCUGCUGGUCUGGAUGACGACUGGGAUGCAAGCGGUGGAGGUUCGAGUAGCAAUUCAGACCCACUCCUUUUAGGACCCAAACCAUUUGGAUUACAAAGGAUGCUAUACAUCUUUGAGAAUUUGUGCACAGAGCUAGACGUUGCUCUCCCUUCUUUUCAAGGGGAGAUGCUCGCCAAACGCAAACGCAAGCGACGAGAAGAAGAGGAAGACGAAGAAGGUGCAGUGAGAAGUCGGAGGCUUUUCUCUUCGCAAGGAGAGGAAGACGAGCGCACUGGUUCCAAGGUGGACAUUACCUCUCUGCCGGUGCAGCACGCUCUGCUAUCCCUCGUACAGGCGAGCUACCUACUCUACGUUGGUCCACCUACCUCGGGAUCACUAGCCUCGGCAGCCUCUCUACCUGCAGGGAGCGACGCACUACUUCUUGGGAGUGAUCACGGCGGCGGCGGCGGUGGCGGGACAGGUCUUCCGCCCGUCCCGAGCAGGCUGGAGGCAGUGACGCAGGUGACCAUGCGGUGCAAUGUGCUCAAGGAGGAGCUCAGGACCCUUGUGCUUGGAGCAGGGAAUGAAGCACAGCACGGUGCGGAUUUCGAGCGGCAAGGUGUUGGUAGUAAAGGGGCGAGAAAGGAGUGGUGGACAAGACUGGAAGAGUGUGGUCUGUAGUGCUUGGCUUCGAUCAGCCACGGUUCACCAGAUGCAAUCGGCUC